CGACUCUGUCCUCGUCAGCCGAAUUAAAGUCAUUAUUUCAAAAUGUGGAUGUUUGUGCUUUUCUUCACCUCGCUUGUUACUUAUUGUCACGGCUACUAUGUAGUAGUAGAUGCUAAUUCGGAAGAGUGCUUUUUUGAUCGGGUUGCCAGUGGUAGCAAGCUCACGCUUCACUAUGAAGUUGCUGAGGGUGGUUUCCUUGAUAUAGAUGUUAAUGUUUACAAUCCUAGUGGGGCUAAGGUUUUCGAGUCUCUCAGGAAGUCCAAUGGAAGGCCUGAAUUUGCUGCAAACGAAGCUGGUGAGUACAAGUAUUGCUUUGGAAAUCGGAUGAGCUCUAUGACACCGAAAGUUGUACUUUUUGAAAUGGCUAUAGAAGAAGACCAAUUGAAAGUAAAUGAAACUGACGAUGAGGAGCACAAAAAGCUUGUAACAAUGGUUAAUGAGUUGUCACACUCCAUCUCUGGGGUCAAGUUAGAAAUGGAAUAUGUUUCUGUUAGGACUCAAGUACACUGGGAAAUUAAUAAGAAUACCAAUUUUCGCGUGGUCGUUUGGGCUGCGUUCGAAGCAUUUCUAAUCAUAGCCAUGAGUAUCGGCCAAGUUUUCUAUCUCAAACGUUUCUUUGAAGUUCGGAGAUUAGUUUAAUUGACAAAUCAUCUUUGUUUUAUAACUAACUCAUAGUGCUUCCACUAUUUUUAGGGCUUAACCGUUUCUGGUUGUACAGUAUACAGAACUUUUCAUUCCUAUUCGUAACUGUGUUAUUUUUCUUUCCACUUAUUGAUCUCUGAGUACACCUGUUAUAUUAUAAUUCAGUCACUGUUGUGCUCGUAUUGGUAUGCUCUUGCCUACAGUAACUCUAAAUUCAGUGAUUUUUCCUCUCUCGGUUUCCCUUUUGUUUUAUUUAUAAAUUGGUACGUGGUUGUUUGUGAAUUGUCAAUAUGACUUAUAAUGGACUUCUCAUUCUUAUUCAGAACACAGCCGGCGCAAUAAUCUUUGUCUUGCUGGAAAUAAAUAAUGUAACCGUGGUUUAUGCUAUGAUACUUCGAUAUUUAGUGUGAAGAGUAUUAGAUCAAUAAUAUUUUCGAAACAUGUUUUGUUUCACUAUAGAUUACGAGUUUUGCCCUCCAACUACGUUAAACUCUGCAUUACAUUAAGUCGGUUUAACUAAAGUCCAACCAAUUUUCGCUUCAGCGCUCUCUAAGUGGUGAAUUAUUUUCUCUAUCCUAUUAUAUACUAUAUUCUCAGCAGUCCAUUGUAUUUUUCCCAAUAGCAAACUGCCCACUUAAUAUAGCCAUUGACUUGUUACCUAAAGUUUGCUCGAAUAAUGAAAAUUUCUUGUACUAGUAGCUGUCUGUGUUAUUUACAUAAUAUUAUCAACUAUAGCUACAUGGUAGUUAGACUGAACAAAGAAAACUAGUUUAUAAUAAGACGCUGUCUGACUUUUGUGAUUAAAAUACUGAAAUAGAUAAUCUAGAGACUAAAUAAACGUUUUUUAUGUGGUGGUUGUCGUACAUCAAAUUUGGGUUGUAUUUACGAGAAAUAAAUCGUGAGUCAAAUGGUUUACCUCAGUUUUCUUGCAUUCCGUAGCUGUAUAUUACGCAAAGUUCUGGCUCAUUGUUUUUGACAUCCAGCAAUCAACCUCUAGGUUUCUGGUUCAUAACCCACUUCUGAUAAAUUAUUCAUUACAGUGGUUUCCAUAUAAUACAUGUUCACAGCACAACAUUAGAAUUAGUUAUUUGGAGUUCUGAAUUCGAAAAAAGUUCUAAUAAUGAGUGCUAAGAAGAACAGCUUCCAGGGAAAUAAUGCCAAUAAUCUUAUGUUGAUCAGUCUAUUUGUGAAUGAAGAUCUUUAUCAUUAAGUGGUUACGACUACAUUUCUUGUAUUUAACAUCCAUGAAAGAUCUAAUUGUUGUUGUCCAGUCGUCAUCAGUCCUCAAGUAUUAUGACUUACCACAAUUCAUCCUACUGAUUCAUAUACCGGUUUUUGUCUUCAUUUUCAUGUAUAACUAGUCAACAGAGUAAAAUGCGCACGCCGACUAAAACCCGGAUAACAAUUAUGUGUAUGCUUAGCUCAUUGGCUGUUUAUACUCAACUUCCAAUUAUGUAGAUGUAUAUGAUGCAGGAAUUUUCACAGUUCAAAUGUCAUUUACUCCACUAGUAGUGAAUAACCAAGACGGAAGAGAUAGUAAGAG